AUGGAAGAGUCCGAUAAAACGACGGCCUUGAAGAAAGCUUACGCGGAGAUUAUUCUAAACACGGCGAAGGAAUCAGCGGCUAGGGUUAUGGUUUCCGACAGAAAAUCAGCUCGGUUUCAUCACGAUCUCUCCGGAACGAAGGAAGAAGCUCUUCGUUUGCUUGUUCGAUUGAAAGAGAUGAUAGACGCUAAGACUGUAGAAGCAGAGAUUGAGUCAUCAAACCAGCAACAACAGAUUGAUGUGCUUGAAGCUCAGCUGCAAGAGGCAGAAGAGAUUAUUACUGACCUGAGGUCAGAGUUGAGAUGGGUGAGAGACAAAUUGGAGAAAGCAAGGGUUAAAGAGCUGCAGGAACGUAAUGUAGUGGUGAACAAGGAAGAGGAAGCAACAGUUUCUGCUCAGAAGGCUGAUCCAGAGGUGGUUGCUGUUGGAAGUUUGCAUCUUGAUCUUGAUGUUGCAGAUUCUUGCUUCUCUGUGGUGAGUGACUCUCUUCCAAACGAGACCUCGUUGCAUGAUGAUGAAAGCGGAAAUGACGUAGAGAAGGUUGAUGAUGUGUUGAGUGUUGAUACUUUGAAAGGAUGUGAUGCUUGUGAGUCUGAAUCGAAUGGCGAUAUCAUAAGCGAAAAGCUUGAGCUGUCUAGAAAUGGAUGCACACAGAGGAUCCAUGCUUUGGAAAGGAAGGCUUCAGAGGCUAAAUCAUCUCCUUCUGCAAAUGAAGAGGAGCAAUGCACAACUGAAAAAGAUAGUGAAGAAAACUUGAGCUCAGGAAAAGUGAACGGAGAUGAAACUGGCACCUCGGGAAACACAAGAAGUAUUGUUCUUGCUCUUAGAGCCAGUAGUGCAGAGGUGAUAACAAUUCCCUCAAACGCAUUAGGAAUCAAAAAACCUAGCAAGUCACGCAAAUCACGAGAGAGGAGAAAGAGAAGGUGGGGCAAACAAAAGGCUAGGUCAGUUAGGCCUCAGAGUCAGCUUAUAAAACCUUGUCAGACUCAGUCUGAUCUUCCCUGUUCUAAGAUAUCAAUGGAAGUUUCGGAUGGUGGAGAUUUGAUGGAGACGCAUAUUUCGGUAGAGAGAGAGGACGUGGAUGCUCUUAGUGCCUGUAAAGCUUUGGAAGAACAUUUGCAGCAUAAAAGAACCCUGUACAGUGGUGAUAUCAGUAUCAUCCGUAAAGGGAAUAAGAGAAAGAUUGUUGAAAAUGUGGUGGAGGCCUGUGAAGAAUCUGAUUUAGUCCCUGUUAGUGUUGAGUAUGGUGAAAUAAAGGCAGGUAUGCCUGAGAAUGAGACUGAGAUCAAGUCGCUUCCUCAGCUGCAUCCCGAGUUAACUUCAUUUAAAUGUAAUGUGGAUGUGACUUCAGGAUCCACAAAUGCUACUGUCACCAGUGUGACUGCAACAAAUCAACCAACAGCUGAAGACUUGAAACCAUGGAAAGAAGACGUGUUAGUAAAGUGUGUAGGUGAAGAAGACAUUGUGGCUCCAUCUACCAAAAUGAGUUCUGAGUUGGUCAAUCUGCAUUCUGUCUCAAAAGUUACUGAAGUAGCAUCAGAUCAGAUCAGCGAGUCUGCGAGAGCACAUGGAGGUCGACUUGUGAGGUUUACAUUCCAAAGGAAACGAAAGAAGGGAUCUUUAAAUGCAAACAAUGAUAAUAGUUCAUUGCAGAAGAAAGAGGUAGACGAGAAGAAAAACAACGACCAAGAUCUAACUGAAUCCACUUUGAGUCAUGAGUCAUCUAGAGAAACCCCAAAAUUAGCUGAGACUGCCACACAGCUUAAAUCCUUGCCUGAAAGCUGA